ACUGCUUUUAUUUAUAUUCAUAAUCUAGGCAAUCACAAUAUCAUGUAAAGAUGUAUAGACCAAUCCUGAAAGUUAUUUGUUGGUUUCUACUUGUGCGAUCCUCCAAUUUACAACUUCUCAUAAACGUAAAAAAUCAGGGUGGAGAUGUUAUGCAGGAGAACAUAACAGCGAAUGUAUCAGAGGAUACCGUCACCCUGGACUUCGUGAGGCUCGAUGGCGUGUUCGUGUCACAGCUGGUUGACUUCACUAAUGAGGUUGAAGCCAUGAAGGUGGUGAUCCCGGGCGAGGAGGAGCUGGGCCAGGCGCGGCACCAGGCCCUCUGCUUCCUCACGCACUCCGCGCAGGCCGACUUCAUCGCCCCUGAUGCUAUGGCCAAGUUGAGACAGAAAAACCCAGGCACAGUGCGUGUAGCAGAAGAAGACCGGGGCUGGCGCCAGACCACGGCCACGGCGUGGGCGGGGCGCGCGGCGCGGCUGCUGUCCCCCGCGGCCGCCCGCCACUGCGCCGCGGCCGGGGACCAGGUGUUCCUCAGGGCGACUGACUUGACGCGCUGGGCGCCACGGCCUGGCAUGGAGCAGUACUCCUCGCUGGUGUCGUCGUUCCCGGAGCGCGCGCUGGCGGCGGAGGGCGCGCCGGCCUGCGAGCCGCGCACGCCCGCGGACCACGACUGCGUCUGCCAUUUUGAGGUGUGUGUGAACUGGUACCCGUGCGGGCUGAAGUACUGCAAGGGCAAGCCCCAAGGCGGGCUGAGCUACCGCUGCGGCAUCAAGACGUGCCACCGCUGCUACAGAUAUCACUUCUAUGUGAAGACCCGCAGUGCCUGCCCCAGCUUCACGUGACAUCAUGUCACAACUGCUGUUGUCUCUACUUGUACCUACAGAUGUAUGCCAAACCUUUUCUUAUCUAGUCAUGUGUAGAGUGCCCAGUUUGUAUUUUUGUAUGCGCUGCCGAUUUAAUUUAAAUAAACUGCGACAAUACUGUGUAGUUGUGUACAGAACUUUGGAUACUUUAAUACUCUUCCAAUUUGGUAUAAGAAUAAAUGAAAUUAUUUUUA